AUGGUUACCCACGCCGACGUGCUAAGGGCCUACCCAACCGGUCAAGAUAUCGCCAAGUUGCCGAGGCCUCUAUGGACAACGUACAUCCGCCUCGGCAUGGCAGACAUGCAGAACGCGAUAGAGAAGGCAGCGGAACAUGCUCAUCUGGAUGCGAUGAAGCUUCUUCUCCGGCCUUGUCACGAUGCAACUUACGCCACCCUUUUGAAUAAAGUUGGUCCCCUUGAGUGCUUGGACGAUGAUGGUGAGAUUGAAACCAUUCUCGAGUCUCCGCUCGCACACGCUAGCCGCUUGGGUAAUCUGGAUAUGAUCAAGCACCUCAUAUCCAUUGGAGCCGACGUGAACAGUGACCCGUAUGCAUUCCGGGACGCAUGCACUUAUGAUCACUUGAACGCUGUCGAGUUUUUUGUGCGCAUCGGCGUCAAUGAUGACGCAAAGCGAUCGGGAUUCCUAUUCGCUUGUUUUGAAGGACAUCUGGACGUCAUACAACAUCUCGUAAACAAGGGCUGCCGGGUAGACGCCGAGUGCAUUGGCUGGGCAGCACAACGCGGGAAGUUCAGCAAGAAGAAUUCCCUUCAGAUCAUCAAGUAUCUCGUUUCUUUAGGGGAUUGUUUAGCCUUUGAUGACAUCCUAACAGACGCCAUAGAAAGUGAAGCCGAUCUGGAGACGAUCAAGUAUCUAGUAUCGCUUGGCGCACAAAAAGACGAGAUGGGCCUUAUUGCUGCAUGCGCGAUGGGUGAUACUGAGAAAGCUCAAUUCUUCGCACUGCGUAUACGGAGGGCCGAGACGCUAGUGGAAGCUGCGAGGCUGGCGCGUUCUCAGAAUUGUGAUGAUAUACAUGAUUACUGCAUGAAGGUAGCGCGCCUGUUUGCGUGA